GCUUCCAGUGGCAUUCAAUUGGUGAGCUUCCCUUAAGGACCUGCAAGAGCUUCAAUAAAUCAGCAAUGGCCGACAAGAAGAACCUCCUGCUGCUGUUCGAUCACCCCACAGAGCCGGUGUUCAUGGACAAGGGCGGCAAUAAGACCGUGUUCGAAAUGCCUGACUCCUACAUGACCGAGAACUAUGGCGGGCUGUGUAAGAGUGUCCAGAAGCGGAUCAGCGCGGAUAGAGAUCCCAAAGUAUUCGUGAGGGAGAUCUCCAUUCCCGAUCUUAGCUACCCCGAGUCCCUGAAGCGGAACGAACCGUUCUCGCUGUUCGUGAAGUCACACCGCCAAAAGGCCGGCCACCUGAUCGAAGUAUUUCUGACGUUGAAAUCCGUGGACCAUCUGCAAAGUGUGGCCGUGUACGCCAGGGAUCGCGUUCAUCCGGUGCUCUUCAACUACGCCCUUUCGGUGGCCCUGCUCCAUCGCAAGGACACCCAGGGCUUGGAUCUACCCUCCUUCUGGCAGACCUUUCCCGACCGCUUCGUGGACUCGGCGGUCAUGCAGAAACUUCGAGAGGAAUCGUACGUGGUGCAGAAUAUAGCCCAACGCAGGCCCAUCGUCAUCCCCACCAAGUACACCGCCUCCGAUCUGGAGCCCGAGCACCGCCUGUGGUACUUCCGCGAGGAUAUGGGCGUCAACCUGCACCACUGGCACUGGCAUCUGAUCUACCCCAUCGAGAUUACCCCCGGCGCCGACCGCAGCAUCGUGGACAAGGAUCGCCGCGGCGAGCUCUUCUACUACAUGCACCAGCAGGUGAUUGCCCGCUACAAUGCGGAGCGAUUCAGCAACCACUUGGGCCGGGUGAAACCGUUUAACAAUUUGACGGACACCAUAGCCGAGGGCUACUUCCCCAAGAUGGACUCCCUGGUGGCCAGUCGUGCCUUUCCGCCGCGCUUCGACAACACAAGGCUGAGCGAUGUCAACCGGCCUGUUGACCAGUUGAGAGUGGGAAUCAACGACAUGAAUCUUUGGAGCAGUCGCAUCCUUGAGGCCAUCCAUCAGGGAUUCGUUAUAAACAGAAACGAAGAAAAGAUUUACUUGGAUGAUGUAAAAGGCAUCGACAUCCUGGGAAACAUGAUUGAAGCCACCGUUCUUUCGCCCAACCAAACGAUGUAUGGUGACAUCCAUAACAUGGGACACAUCCUGAUCGCGUACUCCCACGAUCCGACCAACAGGCAUUUGGAGUUCCCGGGCGUAAUGGGAGAUUCGUCUACUGCCAUGCGGGACCCCAUAUUCUACAAGUGGCAUGCGUACAUCGACGACAUUUUCCAGGAGCACAAGAGAAUUCUGCCCGCCUAUAGGGCGGAUGAGCUGAGCUAUCAGGACAUGGAAGUGCUGAGCAUCAAAGUGGAGAGCCGGGGUCUGCAAAACAGACUUACCACCUUUUUCAAGGAGUCCGACGUGGACUUGUCCCGCGGCAUGGACUUCCAACCCCGCGGCAAUGUCAUGGUUCGACUAACCCAUCUGCAGCACCACCCAUUCAAAUACACCUUCGUUGUGAAUAACACCAGUGGUGCCCGACGAUAUGGCUAUGCGCGCAUCUUCAUGGCGCCCAAGGUGGAUGAGAAUGGUUAUGAAAUGCUGUUCGCGGAUCAGCGUCUAAUGAUGAUAGAGCUAGACAAGUUCUUGAUUCUAGUGCCACCCGGCCGACAAACCUUUACUCGCGAUUCCACCAGUUCGAGUGUUACCAUUCCGUUUGAGCGCACUUUCCGUGAUCUGUCGAAUAGCAGUGAAACACCAAACACUCCGGAGUCGCAGGAGAACUUCUUCUGCGGCUGCGGCUGGCCCAACCAUAUGCUGGUGCCUAAGGGAAGGGCUGAAGGUAUGAGCUUCGACCUGUUCAUCAUGGUUUCCAACUAUGACAACGAUAGGGUUGAUCAGAAUGGUCCGGAUGGCUGCAGCACCGCGCCCUCUUACUGUGGACUCCGGGACCGCCUCUAUCCGGAUCGCAAGUCAAUGGGCUACCCCUUCGACCGCCUGCCCCGCACGAAUGUCAUCACCCUGGACCACUUCCUCACGAGUAAUAUGAAAACUGCGGAAAUUACCAUCACCCAUGAUAGCACCAUCGAAAAGCUGCCGUCAUUGGCAAACCGCAACCGCAACUGAUACUGAUCCAGCCCACCAAUACUGACCCGAUUUGAUGACCUUUCCACUUCUAGUUAUGUCUACAUCUAUUUAUGUUUUCCAACAUUCCAUACUACACUACUCAAU